UGAUAUACUUUUUUCAUUCACCUUGCUGUUCUUCUAGAAUAGAUAGUUUAUUAGAGAUAGAUUGCCACCUUAUCAAUACAUAUUUCGGGCUCUUAUAUGCAAUAAUCUGACCAUUCACCAGAUAAGACAAAGCAUAAUGUAACCGGAUCUUCCAUCGACUCCCGCCGCCGCCACGGACUUCCUCCAUCCAUGUUGUUUCCCCUAAAUCAACCUUGAUGCCACCAAGAUGGAUCCAGAAGUGUGCUCAGCGCGUGCCGGUCAACCUUACCAGAUGGCCCCAUAUCAAAUCAGCCCCGAUAUUACUCCAAUCUCAUAACAUUCACACCAGCCACCGAGCGUGGAGGAUCCGACCAGCUCCCCACUCUCAGCUGAAACAGACACUGCGUCGGAGUAUCCGCCAGCAAUCAUGCACCCUCUUUACCGAUGCCAUUCCCCCUGUCAUGAUGCCUCCCCUCAUCUUCACCGGGCUCCUUCUCUCUUUGUGGGCCUGGAAAUGCUUCUGGAUUGUGGUCAUGCAGGAGAAGCUCCUCUAUCUCACCUGGCUACCGCCCUUUGCCCGGUCUGAAAAGAUCGCGGAUUACGAGGGGGAAUGUAGGCCAGUGCGCUGGGAGGAACACCAGAUUCGGAGCCGCGAUGGUACCAAAUUGGCUGUUUGCGAGGGUCACGUUCCCCCAAAGAAGCAUGGCCUACUCGUCAGUAGAGGCGAUGAACAGUCGGGAAACCAGAGUAGGAGAAAGCUAGUGAUAAUAUGCUAUUUUCAGGGUAACGGUGGCUCAACCCCCAUGCGUUUGCCACUUUUGUCUCAAAUCCUCCGGGCAAUCCACGCAGCACCGGCAUCAUCUCCUGAAGAGAUCGCCUAUAUUAUGGUAGCUUUAUCCUACCGCGGGUUCUGGACGUCAUCUGGUCGCCCCACACAGCGUGGCAUCGAGCUCGAUACCCAAGCUUUUCUCGACUGGGUUGCUGAGAGCUACGGGGCACCGGACACCGAUCUCCAGGUUAUCCUUUGGGGCCAUAGUCUGGGGUCGGCAAUUGCGACCACUGGUCUGGCUACAUAUCUGGCUCGUCCUCAUGACAAUGGGCCUGCGGCAUCGAUUGCCGGGGUGAUCCUCGAGGCACCCUCCUCCAGCGUCAAGGAUAUGUUGAUCAGUUUGUAUCCGCAGAAGUGGCUCCCGUAUCGAUAUCUCUGGCCUUUCUUGCGGAGUCACUGGGAUAGUAUCCUUGCUAUGGAGCGGAUGGCGAGGUGGAGGGAUGAGGGUGAGGUCGGUAGCAGCGGCCUUGGUAAUGAUGACGGAUCUGUGAUGCUUCCCAGUCGAGCAUCUCUGCCACCAAUCCUUAUCUUGUCAGCAGAAAACGAUGAGGUGAUUCCGCCGCAUGCAGCGGAUGAUUUGGAACAGGUGGGUAGACGCCUUGGGUUGAGUGUUACACGGAAACAUGUCGCUGGGGCUUUGCAUACGGAGGCACCAGUUAAAGCGGAUGGGAAAAAGACGAUGGUGGAUUUUAUAUGUCAGUGUACGCUCUCUGGGACUGCAUCAGAAGGCAAGGUGCGUCCGAAAUGGUAAUAGUUUGUGAUGAAUACAUGUACAUCAUCUAUCGUGUUAGACUCAAAUAAUGUCCAGACUCUUUACGCAUCUUCCGAGUCAUCAACCACCACGCCAUACCCCAUCCGG